ACACCGGAUGUUGCUCUUCGGCAGCUAACUCGGGCUAGCUUGGCGCUGGUAUGUGGGUCUGCUCAUUGAAUGACAUCAUGCGGACGAGCGCCUCUCUCCAUCUGCAACAUGACACCUCCAGACAGUAAUGGUUAGACGUUUAUUUAUGACCUGGAGUCAAAUGACAAUCGGUCACCUGCUGCCAUCCAGUGUCCUCUGGCAGGCUUUUAUUCAUGUGUAGCGUGAUGCAACAGAAGUUGUGUUCCAGAGGUUCUGGUUCUUUCCUCUUAGAGAGGAACGGCCAGGCUUGUGGUGCCGUCACCGACUCUGUGACGUCCUGCGACCUCCCUUUCCGCUGCCCUCGCUGCGGCGAGCAGGAGCGUUUCCGCAGCUUGGCCUCACUCCGCGCCCACUUGGAGUACCGCCACUCAUACUGCUCACCCGAUGUGAUUACUGGCAGCUUCAGCAUCACCGGUAAACUCCCAGACCCGCUGACGGCAGCGAUCCCCUGGCAUGACAUGAGCCUCCCAACCCGCCGGGGGCAGCACAGCACGGGGCGCCCACUUCAUGCACGCUCCCUCAGUGACAGCAGAGACAGUGGAUACCCCCGCUCAUACAGCUCCGUGAGGAGGCGCACCCAGAGUGUCGGGGUGGGGACGCAGGCUGAUGAGCAGGAGGGUGAAGAUGAAGAGGAAAGGGGGACAGAAGAUGAAGAUGUAGGAGAAGAGGAUGACGACGAAGACGAUGGUGAAGACAGAGGUGGAAAUAGACAUGAGGAGGAUAUCAAAAUGUCAGACACAUGGCACCAUCACCUCAACCAGCAGCACCUUCCAUUCCCUGUUCCAGCUCCUCCUGUCCCUCCGCAAGACCCAGAACUGGACUUGGACCUGGACCUUGUUGAGCAGAACCCCUACUCCGGUUUGGAGACGGCGGCGGCCUCAGCUGCAGUGCGUCGGCGAUUGGCCAGCAUCCGGCGGGCAGCCGACAGCACCAUGCAGCGUCGACUGGCCAAGGUGAGCACAGAGCUGGCCCAGACCGACACGGAGCUCCUGUGUGAGCGCGCUCACUCGCAGCACCUGGCCCAGGAGAGGCAGGAAGUUGCAGAGCGGGAGAGGUCGUUGAGCCGACAGGUGGACGUGGCUGUCAUGGUGAUCGCCGCGCUAAGGGAGCAGCUGAACACCUCCGAGAAUGAACUGGAACGACGAGAGAGGGAAGUGCUAACCAUUCAGAAGUUUCUGGAAGCAGCGGUUCGGCAGGAGACGUGCGGUAAAGUUCGGAUCCAGCACUUCAUUGAGAACCUGCUGAGACGCAUCGCUCUGGCCGAGAGACUGGUGGAGUAUUACCAGGCUAAUGGCAGUCCCCAACAGUGCCACCACUACAAGCAGCACCAGCAGCCAACUGAUGUCAGACCUCACAAAAUCACCAAAAGCAGGUCAGCGGGAGGUCAGCUGUCCUCGUCUGCUCUCCGUGAUAACAGGACCCACUCCUCCUCCCAGCUUGGCGGCCGGCCCUCGUUCUCCAAAUCGGGAGGGGAGCGAGCCCGAGAGCGGGAGCACCGGGAGCGGCUGGCCCAGUCGUCCCGGCUGUUCUGCCGGCCUGAACACAGAGACGACAUCUGGAACCGCCAGCGCCGCCGGUCUGCUGGGUACGAGUCCUAGAACUGAAGGGAAAUACAAGGGAGAAGGGGGUGUUGGCGAGUAAAACCCUAUUGCACAAUGACUUUAUUCCGGUGUGUUAACCUGCAGAAAGGUACUGCAAGGUCACGCUCACAUCAAGCUUCUUUGGAGCAGUUAGUAUUAACUAAUUCCUGCUUUUACAAGUGUUACAUUAAACUGUUGUACAGGUAUUGGAUACGGUUGCUCCAGUUCCAUUUAUAUUCAGUCAUUUAAAUCAAACUACAGCAGUAACAUUUUUACCAAAAAUGUCAAAGAGUUGCUGUUUCCAGCUUCUCAGAUGUGAAGAUUUGAUGCUUUUCUUUGCCACACAUGAUGGUGAACUGAAUCUCUUUGGGUCACUUUGCCUGGUCGGUAUGAAAAUUGUAACAAGCAUUGUGCUCGAGAAAGUAAUCAUCAGACUAAUCGAUAAUAAAAUAGUUUAGCGUCUAAAAUACAACUCAAGAGCUCUUUAACAAGAGCCUGCUGCCUGGCUUUGUGCAGUCACAUCUCUAAAGAGGGAAUAACUAAAUAAUAGAACUAAACUGUCUUUUCCAUUUUGUUUCCAACUGAUAAUACAUGACAGCUUGUGUAACAGGGUUUAAAACCAUUAUGCAAUGAGAAGUAUUGUCGCCCGACUCUGGCAUCAUAUGGCGUUACUGUAUUUUGUGAUAUUUCUAUUCUAACUGUGUAUUUCGCACUUUUCCAUAGAUUAUUAUACUGAAGUAAACAGCUAUAAAGAGUUAGUGGAUGUUUCUUCAGUGUGAGUGAAACAGGAAUGAGGGACAGCUUCUAUUUCUUUGUCUCAUUUGUCGGCACAAAUCAAAGUUUUAUGUAGAGUAUAACAGGUUUCCUCAGCCUGUAGUGGCGCCUGCGCUCUGAGUUCUUCGCUCUGUAGAGAAACGUAAGGGAUAAAUGUGCCUUUGUGUUCAUCUACUGAUCUGAGAUUUUCAGUUUACAGUGUUGUAAAAGCAAGAAAAGCAUCCAAUCUCAAGCUGGCUACACUCCAACCAGAGAAUUUGGGGCUAAUUUUUGCUCUAAAAUUGACUAAAGAGGUUGAUUCCUGGACCAGUCGUUGCAGCUCUAGAUUGGGGGGUUUGUAAUCUGGCUAACCAGCUUAGUAGCUAUAGUAGUGACCUGGCGUUACUUCCAAGACCAGGAGUGUGUCAUAUUACAUUAGUUAGUGCGGUUAAAAUUUAAGAACAAGCCACGUUCAUCACCAGCACAUUUACUGUGUGGUAUUUCUUUCCCCUGUGGAAGCUGAUCCCAGAUGACAUCGGAGUUUAGGCUAACGUUACAGCUCCGCCACGUUCU